CAAAGAAGGCAGCUGGGCAGCUGACAGGAACAACAUUCAGCUCCCAGGCUGAAAGGGAACAUCUGGUGGCUGGGGGCUGUUAAAAUGAGCGAUAACACUGUUCUGGCUGCUCCAGCUUCAAACCAGGGUCCUACCACCCCACGCAAAGGCCCUCCCAAGUUCAAGCAGAGGCAGACUCGCCAAUUCAAGAGUAAACCUCCAAAGAAAGGUGUGAAAGGAUUUGGAGAUGACAUUCCAGGAAUGGAGGGUCUAGGAACAGAUAUCACGGUGAUUUGCCCGUGGGAGGCAUUCAGCCACCUGGAAUUGCAUGAGCUCGCUCAGUUUGGGAUUAUUUGAGGUGCCAGAGGUUCGGCCACUCUCAACGACAUCUGCUGUAAUUUUGGUUGCAUCUGCCCUGUUGAUUUUGCCCCGUUGAUCUGCCAGAGUCUUGAAAUUCAGCUGAUUGGAAGUGGUUUCUUUGACUUUCAAGGUCAUUUCCUAUCAGUUACUACUAAGAGUUCUCUUACUGUCAGAAUCUCUCUUGGAGUACAGCUCAAAAUAGUGGAUGCAUUUCAAACUUGACCACCUUUUCCUGCCAGCUUGUUAGAAGUCAUCAGUAUUUCUCUGCAUUUUGUUUAUGUGUAAGUCCUUUAAAUCUAUUUUUGCUAGGCAUGCAUUAUGAUUAAUAGCAGACUUUUAAGACAACAUUUAUGUCACUCCCCUUCUCUUAUUUACCAAAGGAGAUAUUUACCUUGAAUGUCGGUGAAAUUGUAUUAAAUGC